CAUAACAGAUGACACAGCAAAGAUGGUGUCCACACUGGGACUGUUCAGCGUCGUGUUCCUCUUCAAUUUGAUCAUGUUUGGAGUGACAAUCAAAUGGUACAUGGGUGGUGACAUAAACAAAGAGCACGGACAGAGGCAGCAUCAUAAAGGCAAGCAGGAAAUUUGCACCCUGCUGACACUGAUGGUCCUGCUGGGACUGACCUGGGGCCUGAUCUUCUUCUCGUUCGGUCACCUCGACACUCCCGGCCUCUACAGCUUCUGCAUACUGAACUCUUUGCAAGGCUUCUCCGUCUCCAUUUACUUUGUGUUGUCGUGGAAAAAGUCCAAAGAAGCUGAACUGGGAACUGGGAAGUCGAGCUCUGAAACAAAAAGCUCUAAUAUCUGAGGAUUUACACAUCCUUGCCAUUUUACGUCUCUUAGGUUUUUUUGUGGUUGUUGUUGUUGUUGUUGCUAUAUCUAUAUAUAUUUAAGAAAACAGGCACUAUUGCCUUUGGGAGUCUUUUAUAUCCCGUCAUUUUAGCGAGAAACGGUGCAGCUCUGGUCAACUUUCUCUCAGAGUUACACUUCACAUAACAUUAUGAUAUGUAUAUCUAUGUAUUGUUUUUUUUUUUUCCAAUAACCUUUAUGCAUGGAUAUUAGUGUAUCUUUUCACUUCUUUACCCAUUCCAGAGGUUCAAAGAUUCCAAAAAAUUAUGACAGCAAAAAUAAUCACCUAAGACACUCAAAACCUGACUGGAACUGAAGCAGACGUUAACCGGGUUGAAUGAGACUUGAUGGUGGAGAACUGAUUAAAGAUUAUUAGUUGGUAAAGAACAUAUUAGAAAUUUGUUCUGUCUUUAAUGCUGGGAGCUCAACACGUCCAUGUGUACAUCGUCAUUUUUUAUAACCUCUUCUCACAACACAACUUUUCUUCAGACUCACCCUGUAUUUUAGGCUUAUUUUAAGUUAGAAUGCCACACACAAACUUUUACUUCCAGUGAUCAUCUAAAUCAUAUGCU